AUGUGCCUUGCUAUUCAUCCCACAUUACCAUUCAACUUCAUUAGAGAUAUUGAAUGCGGAGACUUGCAAACCAAGCGGUGGGAUCAGGGGAAAAAACCACCUCAUGGAAAAUGCAACCGUGAGAAUGACUCGGAUUGUUGUGUUGAAGGUAAGUUUUACACCACAUACACAUGCUCAGCUCCGGUGACAAGUGAGACGAAAGCAACACUUACAUUAAACAGUUUCCAAAAAGGAGGUGAUGGCGGUGGUCCAUCAGAGUGUGACAAAAAGUACCACUCUGAUGACACACCCGUUGUGGCAUUGUCAACCGGAUGGUAUAAAGGAGGGGACAGGUGCCACAAGUAUAUUACCAUUAAUGGAAACGGGAGGAGUGUGAAGGCAAUGGUUGUGGAUGAGUGCGAUUCUACUAUGGGUUGUGAUGCCAUACAUGACUAUCAACCACCUUGCCCUAAUAAUAUCGUUGAUGCUUCCAAAGCAGUGUGGAAAGCCUUAGGGGUAUCCGAAAGUAACUGGGGAGAUUUGGAUAUUACUUGGACAGAAUGA